CUCUCUACCUUCGUAUCUUCCUCUGUACACACUCUCUCUCUUUAUAUUGCGUGGAUUCCUCUCUGAAAGAGUUGAUCCAAACGCAAUAUCAAAGUGUAAUGAUAAGGACAUUAACUUACAAAACCCAAAUCGUUCCUUCAUGGUUCUUGUCAUGAAGCCCCAUUGGAUGAUACUUAGUUGUUUCUGGUGAUAUAAAGUCGUAGUAUCGUUUCUACACCGAAUGUGAAUUAUGGAUCAUGUUGAGGUUGAAGAUAAUGUAUUUGCGAUAGGCGAGCCAAAGUUACAUGGUGUGAUGUGCAAGACACUCUCGGCAAUUUAUUCCAAAGUAUUGGGGAUUUUCCCUGAUCUUGAAGCAGCACGGCCGAGGAGCACGUCAGGAAUUCAAGCACUGUGCGCAUUGCACAUAGCGCUAGAAAAGACCAAGAAUAUUCUUCAACAUUGCUCUGAAUGUAGUAAACUUUAUUUGGCUAUAACUGGGGACUCUGUUGUUCUAAAAUUUGAGAAGGCAAGACGUGCUCUUGAAGAUAGUCUUAGGCGUGUUGAAGAUAUUGUUGCACCAGCUAUUUGUUGUCAGAUUUCCGAAAUUCUGAGUGAACUUGAGGGAAUGGAGUUCUCACUUGAUCCAUUGGAGAAGCAAGUGGGUGAUGACAUAAUUGUAUUGCUACAGCAAGGGAGAAAAUUUGACAGCAACAGUAAUGACAACAAUGAGCUUGAAUCUUUUCACCAGGCUGCAACUAGACUUGUUAUUACCUCUUCGAGAGCAGCUCUUAGAGAAAGAAGAGCUCUGAAGAAACUCAUAGAAAGAGCUCGGGUAGAGGAAGAUAAGCGAAAGGAAUCAAUUGUGGCUUAUCUUUUACAUCUCACGAGAAAAUACUCGAAGUUAUUCCGAAGUGAAUUCUCAGAUGACAAUGACUCACAGGGUUCAACGCCUUGUUCCCCAACAGUUCAGGGGUCAUUUGAUGAUGGCGGUGGGCCUGCUGGAAACUGUCAUGCCUUUGAGCGGCAUCUCUCGAAACUCAGUUCUUUCAAUUUCAAACCAAACUUCAGGAGAUCAGGUCAGAUGCCUGUCCCACCUGAGGAGUUAAGGUGUCCUAUUUCAUUGCAGCUCAUGUACGAUCCAGUCAUUGUUGCUUCUGGGCAAACAUAUGAAAGGAUCUGCAUUGAGAAGUGGUUCGGUGAUGCGCACAACUCCUGCCCAAAAACUCAGCAACAGCUCUCUCAUCUUUCUUUGACUCCUAAUUACUGUGUCAAGGGUCUGGUUGCUAGUUGGUGUGAACAGAAUGGAAUCCCUGUUCCAGAUGGCCCCCCGGAGUCUCUUGAUCUCAACUACUGGAGGCUGGCAUUAUCUGAGAGUGAAUCCACGAGUUCAAAAGCAGUGGACAGUAUUAGCUCCAACAAAUUCAAGGGUGUCAAGGUGGUUCCUUUGGAGGAGAGUGGUAUUACCGAGGAGGCUGAAGAAAAUGAACUGGAAAAAGUCUGUGCACAGGAGGAUGACUUUGAGGUUAACGUUUUUGAAAUAUAUGAAGACUUUCUGACCAUAUUGGACAGAGAGGGAGAUUUGAGGAAAAAAUGCAAAGUGGUAGAACAGAUAAGGCACUUGCUAAAGGAUGAUGAGGAAGCCAGGAUUUAUAUGGGGGCAAAUGGUUUUGUGGAAGCGCUAUUACGGUUUUUAGAGUCUGCCAUGCAUGAAAGGAAUGAGAUGGCUGAGGACGUUGGAGCUAUGGCUCUCUUCAACCUCGCUGUUAACAAUAACAGAAACAAGGAAAUAAUGUUAGCGGCAGGAGUACUUUCAUUGCUGGGGGAUAUGAUUAAAAAUUCCAAUUCUCAUGGAUCAGUAACAGCCCUUCACCUGAACCUCUCCUGCCUUGAAGAGGCCAAGCCCAUUGUUGGCUCAAGUAAGGCUGUUCCUUUCUUAAUCAAGGUACUUCAGGCUGAUGCUGAUUCGCAAUGUAAGCUUGAUGCCCUUCAUGGCCUCUAUAAUCUCUCCAGCCACCCCUCCAAUACUACCCACCUUCUCUCGGCUGGCAUCAUUGAAGGCCUCCAAGCCCUUGUAACAGAUUCUUGUGACAACUCAUGGACAGAAAAAUGCAUAGCUGUCUUUACGAACUUAGCUUCAAGUAAAUCGGCAAGAGAUAAAAUUAUAUCAGCCCCAGGCCUUAUUGGUGGGCUUGCUACUAUAUUGGACAUCGGUGAGCCUGUUGAACAGGAGCAAGCUGCUGCAUGUCUACUGAUCUUAUGUAAUGGGGAUGAAAAAUGCAGUCAAUUGGUCCUGCAAGAAGGGGUGAUACCUUCAUUGGUGUCGAUUUCAGUGAAUGGAACUAUGAGAGGAAAACAGAAGGCUCAGAAACUUUUGAUGCUGUUCCGGGUGCAGCGGCAACGGGACCCAUCACCCGUUCAUAUUCAUCGGCAGCAUGAAAAUAGUGAGAUGUCCGAUCUCCCUCAAGAAUCAAAACCAUUAUCUAAGUCAAUCUCAAGAAGAAAGUUGGGGAGGGCUUGGAGCUUUUGGUGGAAGAACAAGAGCUUUUCAGUAUACCAGGCAGAGUUAACAUGUAUCAUUCAGGCUAUAAUUCGAGCCUUAAAGCCACAUUUUGCAGUAAAUCUAGCAGUACUUGGAUAUGUGUAUUUGUUGGUGGAUGUGUUCGGCAUUUGUUUCACAGAGAAACUCAUUGAUAGGUUAAUCAUGUAUACUAUCUCAUCUGCCCUUUCAGCUGGACUAGAGGCAACCGUUUGUGAGCAGUUGCCUCUCAUGGCCAGGGGCCAUCAAGUCGUAUCAAGACAUGGUGGAAAUGUUUUGUAG